GUGCCCCGUCCCUUCCGGUGUGGCAAGAUGGCGCUGCCCUUUGCGCGGUCGCUGUGCCUGUGCCGCUCGGGAGCCAAACGCUUGGGGCUUACCACCCCGGAAGCCCGCAGAGGAAUCAGCUUCAAACUGGAAGAAAAAACCGCCCACAGCAGCCUGGCCCUCUUCAAAAAUGAAACAGGCGUCAAAUACGGCAUGGUGGGGUUGGACCCCACCAAGCUGGCCCAGAACGUGGAACGCUUCCGUGAGUGGGCAGUGGUGCUGGCAGACACGGCGGUCACCAGUGGCAGGCAUUACUGGGAGGUGACAGUGAAGCGCUCCCAGCAGUUCCGGAUAGGAGUGGCGGAUGUGGACAUGUCAAGAGAGAGCUGCAUUGGUGUGGAUGACCGCUCCUGGGUGUUCGCCUAUAACCAGCGCAAGUGGCACUCCAUGCUGGCCAAUGAGAAAGCCCCAAUUGAGGGGAUUGGGCAGCCAGAGAAAGUGGGACUGCUGCUGGAAUUUGAGGCCCAGAAGCUAAGCCUGGUGGACGUGAACCGGCUUAUGGUGGUCCACACACUUCAGACAGAAUUUCGGGGCCCGGUGGUACCUGCCUUUGCCCUCUGGGAUGGAGAACUCGUGACCCACUCGGGUCUAGAGGUGCCUGAGGGCCUCUAGCUUGGGUAGCACUGGAGUCCCUGAUCCCACUCUUGGCCAGCCUCUUGCUGUAUUGAAAACCCUUUAACGUCGUCCCAAGCAACCUGUAGCUUCCUCAAUUCAGCGUGCAAUAUCUGAAGUCAUUUUCCUCUCACCUCUCCUGUGGCUGGGCACAAACACCCUGUCCCCUCCCCCACAUGGCCAGUCUCUGAGCUACCACAACUGUACUUUUUCCCUGACUUGCUUCCUCUGCCUCCUUGUGCCCAGAUCUUUCUUCUGUGUUCUUUUCAGUCUGGGGUCAUACCUUUCAGCUUGGUUUACCUCUCCCUUUCUUUGCCCUUAUCUCACUUGUUUUUGAAGCUCUACCAAAUGUCCAGCGCAAAUCGUUUCUAUCUCUGGCUGGAGGAGCGGUGCAGUCCUUGAGUCGGCCCAUUCUCUAUUGCACAGUUUGGGAUCUGGCUCCUCAGGAAGUGCUUUACUGUGUCAGAGUAAGAAUAGAGCCAUCCUUCCCUAGUACCUCAGUGACACACUCUUAGCCCCACAAGCUGCAGUAUCCUCACACCUAUCCCUUCGCCUUAACACCUCUGACACCUGGUCAGUCUGUUAACACUGGGCCAGUUACAACCAUGACCAAGGGAGAAGAGACACUUGAGGGAUAGUGAGGGUUUUCGUGGUAGAAUUUUUGUUCUUGAGAUGUUCCCACUUCAUUUCUGCUACAGUUAGAACUUCCAGAGGGAAGAGGGAGGGGCUGAGGUCUUGCAUAAAGCGUUCUUGGACCUGCCUCCACCCAAACCCUUGGCCCUGUUGGCAGCAGAGUACUUAACCAGAGACAGUAUUUGGAGUAGAGGAGGACCGGGGGGAUGAGUGAGCGUGUAUGUAGAAUAUGUAUUGUUUGAGCUCCGAUCCUGUGGUUCUAUCUUACUCUACACCUGUGUGAAGGUGAUGCAGCUAGGUGGUACUAAGGAAAAAAAUGACUGGGUUUAGCAAAGUAAUUUGUAUAAUUAAAGUUUAUUUGAACACA